AUGAGCGCCGUCCCAUCGAGCUCCUCGUUCCGUUCGGUGCGCGGUGCAGCGGUGCCGGUGCCUUCCCUCGGCGCCGACGAGGCCUGCGCAGUGGCAGACGAGGCCUUCCAGAGGUACACGUCGCCGAGCUUGAGGAGAGGCGGCGUCGUGUGGUUCAGGAACGACCUCCGAGUUCUUGAUAACGAGGCCCUUCUGCGCGCGUGGGCGGCUUCCGAGGCGGUCCUGCCGGUGUACUGCGUCGAUCCACGGGUCUUUGCGGGGAGCACGCAUUACUUUGGGCUCCCCAAGACGGGAGCAUUGAGGGCGCAGUUCUUGAUAGAGUGUUUAGGAGACCUGAAGCAGAGUCUGAGGAAAAAGGGCCUCGAUUUGCUAGUCCGGCAUAGCAAGCCUGAAGAGAUCCUUCCAUCAAUUGCAAAGGCUGUCAGUGCACACACAAUUUAUGCUCACAAGGAAACCUGUAGCGAAGAGUUCCUUGUCGAACGCCUCGUGAGCAAAGGCUUGGAACAAGUUCAGAUUGGUCAAGGAGGAGCAUCUGUCCCGAAGAAACCUCUGAACCCCAGGUUGCAGCUCAUCUGGGGAGCAACAAUGUACCACAUCGAUGACCUCCCGUUCCCAGUUAACAACUUGCCAGACGUGUACACACAGUUCAGAAAGGCAGUUGAAUCGAAGUCUUUGGUUAGGAACUGCACCAAGUUGCCGCUGUCGCUCUGUCCGCCCCCUAGUUCCAGCAUAGAUGAGAUUGGAGGAUGGGGGACCAUAUCAACAGCAGAGUCACUAGGCCUGAGCGUUACAAAGUCUGAGAAAGGAAUGCAUUUCAUAGGAGGAGAGAAAGCAGCUCUUGGUAGAGUACAUGAGUACUUCUGGAAGAAGGAUCAGUUGAAAGACUACAAGGUGAAGAGAUAUGAGAAGCAAAGAGUGGCAAAUGAUUCUACAUAUUGGGUUUUAUUUGAGUUGAUAUGGAGAGACUACUUCAGAUUUCUAUCAGCAAAAUAUGGGAACGCCAUAUUUCACCUGGAUAUGGGUAUUGAUUGGCGAAUGGGAGCCGAAUGGUUCGAGACAUGCUUAUUGGAUUAUGACCCAGCUUCAAAUUAUGGCAGUUGGACAUAUGGAGCAGGAGUUGGCAAUGAUCCGCGAGAAGAUCGAUACUUCAGUAUCCCAAAGCAAGCCAAGACAUAUGAUCCCAAAGGGGAGUACGUUGCAUACUGGUUUACAGAACUUCGGUCGCUCACAAAGGAAAGGAGAAACUUCCCAGGGGCCUCAUACAUCAGGCAGAUAGUACCACUGAAGUUUGACGGUGAAAAUCAGAAGGAUCAGCAAUUCAACCGGCAGAGAAGACCAAACAACAUGUACAGAAGGCAAGUAAAAUAG